AUAUCACCUAUCAAUUAAGCGUAUGUCCUAUUGGAAAUCCGGCGAAUUAAAAUGGACGAAUUCAGCAUGUUAACGAAGGAUUUUAAUUUCCGGCAACAAGGAAAACUCGCUCCGAUGAAAUCGCCGUCGUCUUCAUCAUCAAAUUCCGACGGAAAAUAUACACAUAACGACGCCGUUUUUGGCAAACCUACUACAAAAUUCACAAACAGCACAAACUCUAAAUCCACACCGUCUAUUUCGGAUUUCAGUUACGAUUCAUUUUUCAGUAAUAAAGAAGAUACAAUAAGUAAACGUCAUGUUUCGAAUUCGAAUUCGAAUUCACCGUUUUAUGAUAAACCGGUAUAUGAUGAUGAUAUGUUUAAACCGGUUUCUUCUUCGGUAUCGAAUAAGAGAAGUGAUGAUUUUAAUGUAUUUUUCGGUAGUCCGGAAAAGGCGGAACCGGUUAUCCGGAGACCGAGUGGGUUAGAUGAUUUGAUACCGGAAUUUGGAAGUCCUGUGUCUAGUAGCAGAUGGAGUUCGGACCUAAGGUCUACAUCAACUAGAAAAUCUAGUGCAGCAGAUGACCCCUUUGUGGUUUUAGAAUCUAUGUCAACCCCUGUUGCUUCAUCCCAGGCUCUCUUCACAGAUCCACUUGAAGAGAUCACCAAAAUUAGUAAAUCCCAGAGCACAAAACCUGGAGCAUCAUCACCAAGUAGAGAGCCAAUGGACGAAUCUUUGUUUGCAUACCCUGAGAGGCAACCACAGGUGCCUUUUGAUGAUCUCCAAGACUCUCAUCAGUCCGUCUUUGACAUGCCACCUGUUUAUAGGGAUUCCCGUAGAUCUUUUAAUCAAGCUACCUCCACAGCUUCACAUACUGAGACAAUCUCUCAGGUGGAAACUUCUCCCAAAUUAGAUGAGUAUGUGCAGCAUGCUGAUGACAUAUGGCUCACUGUGUCAGAAAUCCCUCUGUCCACGCCUGUUACUAGGGCCCCACCACCUUCAAGACCCCCUCCUUCAAUACCAAGACGUACUAAAAGUUCUGAAAGAAGUUCAUAUGCUUCAAGUACCAGAACAUUUGAUAAUGAUUUCUCUUCAUUAUCCAGUUCUGUGAAAUACUCUCAAAAUGAAAAUGCUUCUAGAAAUAAAGAACCUGUGCAAGUAGAUAGGGAUGAACACACUAUGGAUGAGGAGAUAACACGACAACAAGAGAGGGAAGAGGAAAGAAGGUUUGAGACAGAGAGGAUAAGGGAGAUUGACAGGGAGAAAGCCAGACAAGCUGUAGAGAGGGCUAAUAGGGAAGUUCGUGAACGAGCAGCCUCUGAAGCUCGCUUAAAGGCUGAGAGGGCCGCUGUUCAGAGAGCACAGACUGAGGCUCGUGAAAGGGCUUCUAUUGAGGCUAGAGAAAGAGCAGAACGAGCCGCUGCAGAAGCCAAGGAACGGGCUGCAGCAGAAAAAGCUGCUGCGGAAGCCAAGGAGAAAGAAGCAAAGGAGAAAGCUGCUGUUGCAAAGUCCCAAGCAGAAGCAAGGCGUAGAGCAGAACGUGCUGUUGUAGAAAAGGUCACUGCCGAGGCUCGAGAAAGAGCCGCUUCAGAAGCUCGAGAGAGAGCUGCUGCAGAAGCUCGAGAGAAAGCGGCUGCAGAAGCUCAAGAGAGAGCCGCUGCAGAAGCUCAAGAAAGGGCUGCUGCUACCGCCAAGAUGAACCAACGAAAGAAUGAUAAUGACUUUGAUUCUUUUUUUACCAUGGAUUCCCGACCAAGCAUUGUGCCAAAAGCAAGGGCAACAACAACUGACUCUGCAACUGAUCAAGCUCCUGAUGUCAGAAAAGCAUCUUCCACCACCAAUUUUGAUGAUCUUAGCUCAAUUUUUGGAGUACCUUCCUCUGCUGAAGAAUUCCAAAAUGUUGAAGCGGAAACCGAGGAAAGACGCAGGGCUAGGUCGGAAAGACAGCAACGCACUCAGGAGCGUACGGCUAAAGCUCUAGCAGAAAAAAAUCAACGAGAUCUGCAAGUUCAGAAGGAACAGGAAGAAAGACAUAGGGUUUCUGCUACUUUGGAUGUCGAAAUCAAGCGUUGGGCUGCAGGGAAGGAAGGAAAUCUUCGUGCAAUGUUAUCAACCUUACAAUAUGUUCUUUGGACUGAAUGUGGUUGGCAACCUAUUUCCUUGACUGAUUUGAUUACUGGUGCCAGUGUGAAAAAGGCAUACAGAAAGGCUACUCUGUGUAUCCAUCCUGAUAAAGUGCAACAAAAGGGAGCUAAUCUUCAACAGAAAUAUGUGGCUGAAAAGGUUUUUGACCUCCUUAAGGAAGCUUGGAACAAGUUCAAUUCUGAGGAGCUUUUUUAAUCCUCCAAUAAAAUGACUACAUUUUUCUGUAAAGAGAUGCAUUGGUUGUUCAAAUACUGGAUACAAAAGCACAUCUUCCCAUCUCAAUUCGGUUGAGCAAAAUGUAAUGCAGACCUUUUCAGGUGUGCACAUAGACUGUACAAUACGUGUGGGUUGCAUAUCGUCGUAUGCAAAAGGUGGUGUGGUCUCUCUGCCUUUUUGCCUCUCGUUUUCAUCUAUUUGGCAUCUCUUCUGCGAUUCUGGUGUUUUUCUACGGAAAUAGAAGGGUAGGAAAUUGUAAUGGGUUUCAGGGUAUAUCUGUUCCAUCUGUUUCUAAUUUUGUAUAGUUAUUUUCUCUUGAUCCUAUUCUUUUAUUCAUUGGCGGUUUCUAUUUUCAAA